AAAACCGAUUAAAUCGGUCAAAUCAUUCAAAAUCGGUCAAAAACCGAUAAAAACCAAUAAAAACCAUUAAAAACCAUUAAAAACCGAUGAAAACCGAUGGAACCGAUGAAACCAAAAAAACCACCGGUUCGAUUUCUCAUGCAAUCUUCUUUCAAUUUUUUUCAAUUUCACCCUUCCCAUUCCUUUCUUAUACCUAUUUUAACCUUUAAUUUUAACAAAAUUACAAAAUUAUCAACACCAAAUUAAAAAAUCCAUGCCUGCAGGUUGCUCCUCUCAUCAAAUCUUCCUUGCUGUUUGGACCGACUGGUUCUCCAGUUCAAUCGAUUGAACCGAUUAAACCAAAAACCAAACCUAAAAACGGUUCAAUAACUUAUUCGGUUUUAUAAACCUUGAUAAGACGAACAUUAUGUCAAUCGUGAUGAUGAAAAUGAUGAUCAUGGUGAUGACAAUGAUAAUCAUGAUGAGAACAGACCGUGGUAACAAUAAUUAUGAUAGCAAAGCUAGUUAUAACGAAUAUGUUGAGGAUGGCCAGAUUGCGCCGAUGGCCUUGCAGAAGUUCAGUGAGGUCGCGGAGAAUUGUGUUCGUGAACGUGGAAAUGAACGUCCGACGAUGAGGGAUAUCGUGUGGGCAUUGGAGUCUACAUUGCAGUUUCAGGAAACCGAAGAAGAAAACACGAAUGAUACUGAUGCUAUCAUCACCGAUGAGGGUUCAAGUCAAAACACGGUAAAAUCUCUAUCUAUAUCGGAUUAUCAGUCGACAGUUAAUAGUUAAUUAAGAAAUUAAGAAACAGUAUUUCAUAAUAGUUACUAGUAUAGUUUUCACUCAAUUAAUAGUAGACUAAGAAAUACAUAUUAGUAGAUGAUUAGUUAAAUUUAGCCAAAUGUGUGGUUAGUUGUGUAAGUAAGAGUGCAUAAAACCAUUGCUUGUUG